AUGCGGGUGUACGCUGCCCUCACACUGCUGCUCGCCGCGCGCGCCGCAGCGGAACCCGUGGAGAGGCGAGAAAUCCGCAGCGUCGACGAGUUCCGGCGCCUCGUCCAGACGUCGCAGCGCUGUUUUCUUGUCGAGUUUUUUAGCGGCAUGUGUGGAUAUUGUCAGGAGUUCGAGCCGACCUGGCUGGAACUGGCCAAGACGACGACGCGCCUCGAGCCCGCGCGCGUGAAUAUUGAUAUGCCGGGCGGCCUGGCCGUGGCCGAAUUAGUAGGAGUCAUCAACGAAGGCAUUCCCGCUGUUGUCUUGUUCAAUCAAAGGAGGACGGACUCCCACCAGACGCUCAUGGCCGGCGAGCUCGAGGAGCUCCCCAAGUUAUUGCGGCGCGUCUACAAAGCGACGAAGGGCCAGUACCUGUCGACGGACGCCGAGGGUUUUUUCUUGCGGGCGUCCUAG